GAGACGCUGCGCUUGGCUGCAGGGAAGCAGAGCUCCACAUCGAGCUCCAUUAGCAAAAACAAGGACUUUAACCCAGAUAAACCAGAGGGACAUUAUUUCUUUCCUCGGGGCUAGAGCUUGGCUCUUCUCAUCGUGAUCAUCCCUCUGGUUCUGAACUUCCAACUUUGGGAGAUCUGCCUGCAAGUGACCUUAGGCGUCUCACAUUUUCAACAAGGGGGGGUUUCUACAAAAGCAUCCUUUUGUAUCCCUACCACUCUUCCUUUUCCUCUUCAUCUCCAGCCUGGAGGCGGAUUCCAAACUUCAGACUGCAAGAGUUUGGGACACACUUUUCGAGAAGCAUACAAGGAAAAAGGGCAUAGUGUUGCAACUGCUUCCAAAGAGACCCUGGCUCCUGUAAAGAUGGCUGACGUGGUGCAGCCAGACACAAACUGCCUGCAGAUCCCGAGUGAUGAUUUAUCGGCCCCUUCGUCGCCUGCCACGGCGAGAAUCGACUGCAGCAUCACACCCCUGACGCCCUCACCCUCACCAAGGGUGGAGGUCAGACCCAGGAUGGCCUGCCCGUUCUCCGUCGUGGUGGCGAUCGAUUUCGGGACGACCUCCAGCGGCUAUGCAUUCAGCUUCACAAAGGAUUCAGACGCCAUACACAUGAUGAAGCGCUGGGAAGGCGGCGACCCCGGGGUGGCCAAUCAGAAGAGCCCGACGUGUUUGCUGCUGACUCCUGAUUUGCGGUUCCACAGUUUUGGAUUCGCGGCGCGGGACUUCUACCACGACCUGGACCCAGAAGAGGCCCGGCACUGGCUCUACUUCGAUAAAUUUAAAAUGAAGAUCCACAGCACAAGUGACCUCACCAUGGAGACAGAGCUGGAUGCGGUCAGCGGACGCAAGGUCAGGGCCAUCGAGGUGUUCGCUCACGCCCUGCGCUUCUUCAGGGAACAUGCUCUGAAGGAGGUGAAGGACCAGUCUUCAUCAGUGCUGGAGGGAGAGGACAUCAGAUGGGUGAUCACGGUCCCCGCGGUGUGGAGACAACCUGCCAAACAGUUCAUGAGAGAGGCUGCAUACCUGGCCGGCCUUGUGUCCCCCGACUGUCCGGAGCAGCUCCUCAUCGCUCUGGAACCGGAGGCUGCUUCCAUUUACUGCCGCAAGCUACGCCUCCACCAGGUGCUUGACCUCAGCCUGCAGCCAAUCAUGAACGGCCUUGACAUGGACGGGUCGCGGGCCUUUGACUCCAGCUUCAGACAAGCGAGGGAGCAGCUGAGGCGAUCCAGACACAGCAGGACCUUCCUGGUUGAGAGCGGAACCGGAGAGCUUUGGUCAGAGCUGCAGACUGGCGACAGGUACAUUGUUGCAGACUGCGGAGGAGGAACAGUCGACCUGACCGUGCACCAGAUCGAGCAGCCACAGGGCACACUCAAAGAGCUCUACAAGGCCUCAGGUGGUCCAUACGGGGCUGUCGGCGUGGACCUGGCCUUCGAGGCCAUGCUGUGCCAGAUCUUUGGUGAGGACUUCAUCCAGAGCUUCAAGGCCAAGCGUCCGGCCGCCUGGGUGGACCUCACCAUUGCAUUCGAGGCGAGGAAGCGGACGGCGACGCCGGGCAGGGCCAACGCCCUCAACAUCUCGCUGCCCUUUUCUUUCAUAGAUUACUACAAGAGGCACAGAGGGCACAGUGUGGAGGCCGCGCUGAGGAGGAGCAAUAUGAACAUAGUGAAGUGGUCGUCCCAGGGGAUGCUGCGAUUGACGCAGGAGGCCAUGAAUGAGCUCUUCCAGCCCACUAUUGUCAACAUUGUAAAGCACAUUGAGGAGCUGAUGGUGAAGCCGGAGGUACACGGCGUGCGUUUCCUCUUCCUCGUUGGAGGUUUCGCCGAGUCACCUAUGCUGCAGAAAGCAAUCCAGAAGGCUUUUGGGCGGACGUGCCGCAUCAUCAUCCCCCAUGACGUUGGCCUGACCAUACUGAAGGGCGCCGUGCUCUUUGGGCUGGAUCCCACUGUGGUCCGAGUGCGUCGAUGCCCCUUGACCUACGGCGUCGGUGUGUUGAACCGGUUUGUGGAGGGCCGCCACCCUCGAGAUAAACUCCUCAUCAAGGACGGCCGCGAGUGGUGCACCGACAUCUUCGACCGCUUCGUCUGCCUCGACCAGUCGGUGGCUCUGGGCGAGGUCGUGCGGCGGAGCUACACGCCCGCUCGCCUGGGCCAACGCAAGAUCAUCAUCAACAUCUACUGCAGCGCCGUGGACGACAUCACGUACAUCUCAGACCCCGGCGUCAGGAAAUGUGGCACCAUCACUUUAGACCUACCGGAGCCGUUGCCUCUGCCGGGCGCAGUGGGGGGAGCAGGGGGAGGAGGCCAGGAGAGGAGGGAGAUCAGAGCGACCAUGCAGUUUGGGGACACGGAGAUCAAAGUGACCGCCGCUGACGUCAUGUCGAACCGCUCCGUGCGGGCCUCCAUAGACUUCCUGUCUAACUGAGGAGGAGCAGGAAGUGGGGACAAGGAAGUAGCUGAUUUCAAGGAUGAUAAUUUUAGAAAAAGCGGUACUUUGGGAGUGGGCCCUGUAUACUGUGGGAGGGUGGAGGACCUUUGGACUCGCACUAGAGACUCAUGACAUUAAGGCUUUUCAUUUAACCACUAGAGCAGAAAAAACAUCAUGAACUUCUAAAGAAUGAAUAUUGAACUCAACAGUGACGUGCUUUCUAAAAACCAAAAUGUCUGCCUACUUGCUUCAGUUGGAGUGAGACGAACAGGUGAGGUACUGUAAGAUUAUCCAACCUGCGGGAGAACUUCAGCCUCUGUGGACGUUUAUUAAUCAGUUGCCUGGAGGAACUCAACCGAAGGAAUAAACUACCUGGAGUGACACUCACUCAUAUACGUAUUAAAUAAACGUUUACGUAAACUGCCUUUUCUCUCAUACACUAAAUAAUACCUCAUUUAAAUCCUAUUCCUAUACUAAAUAUGAGAUUUUGAUGCCACUACCUGAGCUGCAGCUUUGUCUCUUUGGCGCGAUUGUGCACCACCUAGUGGUGAAGAUACUGAAUUACAAGUUGAAAAUAUUGGAAAACUGAAAUUGUCAGAAGUCAUGUAGAAGGUAGGACGUGUCUCUAACAGGGUAUUAAAAAUAAAUAUUACAUUAGAAAUUUCACAUGCAUGUCUGACAGAUGUUACCCUAUAUGUGUGAGGCUGAACAUACUGUACUUGGGUUUAUCUGAUCUCCCCUGGUGACUUUCCAUCGGUUGGUUGAAGAUAUUUUUAUUGUUUCAAAACCUCAGAACGAGCAGAUUAGAAAAAAGGAUAAUGUCAUCCAUCCACAUUCAAUACCACACGUUGUUAAAGUGAAUAAUAUUGAAUACUAAUUAUAAAGGUAAAACUGGAAUAUCACGUUGACAUGAGUAGCUUUGUCCCUUUGUCACGACACAUGAAACCAAGCUCGGGGGCCUCGAAUUUAUCUGCAUCAUCUAUGAGAUCCUCCAUUAUGGAAUUCACAACCUGUCCAAGUUUGACGGCCGGAUUCGGUAGUUUCUUGUAAAUCCCUUUUAUUUAGUUAUAUAUAAAACGAUGUAAUUGUUCUUUUUUCUCUGGUCAUUGUUUUAUCCUCUUUUCUUAUGUCUGCCUGGUGUUCUUUAUUCUUUGUAGGGCACUUUGUAAUAUAUUAAAAAGGUGAUAUAAAAUAAAGUUUAUCAUUUUUAAUUAUGAGUAACAGAGAUAGCAAAGGACCCGAUGGUCAUCGUGGCUGAUCCCCAACUCUGAUGUGCCUUUACAGCUGUGAGGUGUGUCUUUCCAAAUUAUGUCCAACCAGCUGAAUGUAGCACUGGAGGACUCAGCUACAUUUCAACUUUCAUAGAGUCUGAACAUUUGUCAGUGAUAUUUCAGGUCAUCCCUUUUUUUAAUAUAGAUUAUUUUUGCUGCAACAAACUCAAUCAAUAUUUUCUGGGAAUGCAUUGUACUGUGUGCACAUCCCGAUUAUGUUUAUAAGUUGCCUCUUCAUACACCUCAAGAAUCUGAAUUAGCAGGGGGAGUAAAGAUCACUGUUCUUAUUGCAUUAAAGUAAAUUCAGUUCCAGUGCAGUUAUUGGUUAAUGCAGCUGUAAGUGGAAGAACUAUAUGGAUGGUUUGGUCGGUUUGUAUUUUUCAGAUCUGAAGACAUCAGCCUGUCAAGUCUAAGUCAGAAAAAGACCUCUCUAUAUUGUGUAUGCUUUAAUAAACUGUAUCCAUGGUUAUGAAUAAAGUAAAACAAAACCUAAGAACCACUAAUUCCAAAAAAAAUGCAAUGAUUUUGUCAGGAUAAUCCAUAGAAUAUACUGCUGUAGCUCCUUCUGAGCACCAUUAAAUAGCACCAAAUGGUUAAUUUGUAAUCCUUUACUACCAACUAGUUUGCGUCUCCCUUCUCCACAUGCCUGACCACCGAAACUUUGCUCUGUGCAGAAAGAGUAGUAAACAUUAUGAUUUAUGACUGAGAUAUAAAACCAAUCACGAGGCUGUGAUAUUGCACAAGCAGACGCACGGAGCCAGUGAGAGAACAGAGGAGACAUUGUCGUUAAAUAGAUCAAAUUAAAAUAAUGUGACAUUUACUGCUUCUUUCCUUCGACAAUGACCAAUCACUUUUACAGACAACAGUUUGAUUUCAGCUGUGAAUUUAUUGAUAAGAAUGGUCCAAUAAAUAGUUUCCCACAGCGCAUACAAUGAAUGGUUCAGAACUGUACUACAUCAGUGCUCAAUUUCUCAUGUUACACAGUUGUCACGUAACAGAAAAUAACAAACCAGAUUAGAACUGACAGAAUGGCUCCUUCAGGUCAAAGAGGAAGAGCCGACCUCGAAGGGACAGGAGUGUGUUUGUUCAAAACCAACGGGGGGGAUUCGAUAUUAUUCUUGUAUUUCACAAUCAUUUCCCAGUAACAUGGCCACAGGUGGAAGCAGACAGUGCGUUAAAUGUCUAACAGCUAGUCAAAGCUUGGCAAAAAAAAAUAUCUACAGAUGGACACAAGAGAAGUCGGCCAUCUUGGACCCAGCCAAAGAAUCUGUCAUGAAAUUGAAGGAUGAACUUCUCUCUCCCCCCGUUGGGCUUGUUUCACUACACCUGUCAUUCGCAAACGUGUACGACUGGUUACAAAACCUCAUUUUAUCUAGAA